CGUAUGGCGCGGACAACUCCCGCCUGCAGAAUUGUCGUUUGGGUCGUGUCCACGUCCACACAUCUGAAAGACUGAAACCAGACCUGCCUAUCUCCCUCAUCCCCCUCCCUUACGGUUACCAAGUAGAGGGGUCUGAUCACUUGUUUGCCAAAAUUCUAAGCGUUAGCAACCAAAAGCAAUGGAUGGUGGGUUGAGGCCAAUGGAUGCUGAGCAACUCAGAGAGCAUGCACACAAGAUGGUGGAUUUUAUUGCUGAUUACUACAAAAGUAUUGAGGAUUUUCCAGUUCUCAGCCAAGUUGAGCCCGGUUAUCUUCGCAGAAUCUUACCAGAUUCUGCACCUAAUCAUCCUGAGUCAUUGGAAGAUAUAUUUAAUGACGUUCGGGCGAAGAUAUUACCUGGGGUAACCCAUUGGCAAAGCCCAAACUAUUUUGCCUAUUAUCCCUCUAAUAGCAGCAUUGCCGGAUUCUUAGGAGAAAUGCUCAGUGCUGGUCUUAACAUUGUGGGUUUCAGUUGGAUAACUUCUCCUGCAGCAACAGAGCUUGAAAUGACUGUUCUGGAUUGGCUUGCUAAAUUGCUUAAACUUCCGGAUGAUUUCCUUUCAGCAGGAAAAGGUGGUGGAGUGAUACAGGGCACAGCAAGUGAAGCUGUUUUAGUAGUGCUAUUGGCAGCUCGUGACGAGAUUUUACGGAGGGUUGGCAAAAAUGCCCUUGAGAAGCUUGUGGUUUAUGCAUCUGAUCAAACGCAUUCUGCACUACAAAAAGCCUGCCAGAUAGGUGGAAUCCAUCCGGAAAAUUGCAGGUUUCUCAAAACGGAUUCUUCUAUUAACUAUGCCCUCUCACCUGAUGUACUUCGUGAAGCGAUUGCACGUGACAUGUCCAAUGGUUUAAUCCCCUUUUUCUUAUGUGCAACUGUUGGUACUACUUCAUCAACAGCUGUUGAUCCUUUGCUUUUUCUUGGAAAGAUUGCUAAGAGUAAUGGAUUGUGGUUUCACGUGGAUGCUGCUUAUGCUGGAAGUGCCUGUAUAUGUCCAGAGUACCGCCACUACAUUGAUGGUGUUGAAGAAGCUGACUCAUUUAAUAUGAAUGCACAUAAAUGGUUUCUAACAAAUUUUGAUUGUUCUGCACUUUGGGUUAAGGAUAGAAAUGCCUUGGUUCAGUCCCUGUCUACAAAUCCAGAGUUUCUGAAGAACAAAGCCUCUCAAGCGAACAUGGUUGUGGAUUACAAAGAUUGGCAAAUUCCUCUUGGACGUCGGUUUAGAUCAUUGAAACUGUGGAUGGUGUUGCGCCUAUACGGUAUAGAAAACCUGCAAUGCUACAUAAGAAACCACGUCAACUUGGCAAAACAUUUUGAAGAGCUUGUUGCUCAAGACCCAAGAUUUGAGGUUGUCACCCCUCGGAUAUUUUCAUUAGUUUGUUUCCGCCUUCUGCCUUCUCAAAACAAUGAAGAUCAUGGCAAUAAGCUGAACCAUGACCUGUUAGAAGUGGUAAAUUCAACUGGGAAAAUUUUCAUUUCUCACACAGUUCUUUCAGGUAAAUACAUACUACGUUUUGCUGUAGGAGCUCCAUUGACAGAGGAGAGGCAUGUCACUGCAGCUUGGAAGGUUUUGCAAGAGGAGGCCUCUGCCCUGCUUGGAAGUUUGUAGAAGUUCAUCCAGUGUUAAUGAUCAUUUGGCUUGUUAAACUAUUAAUUAAAUGAUUGAAUUCACAUUUCUUUUGGAAUAAAUAGUGAUUUAAUAUAGUAUCGGAGCAGAGGUUCUGAGUUCAAACC